AUGGCGUUUGCGGUGGUGCUGCUAUUUUUCGCAUUCCUCCUUUUUGCCCUCGCUGCGGCAGUUGGUGUGGCUGCGCAAUGCGGAAGACGACGUUUUCCGCGCGGCACGGUCGGUUUUUUGCACCCCUCCGCCGCGGCAGGUGGGGGAGGAGAGCGGGUGCUGUGGGUUGCUAUGCGUGCUGUUCAGAUGGACGAUAUGAACCGAGGCAUUACGCGACGCUACGUUCUCUACUGCUCCCGUGGCGAUGACGAUGGGACAAACGGGGCACAACGCCUGCGACAAACAGUGCAGCAGCAGUUUCAGAUUAUCCUGCCAAAGCCUAUUGAGGUGGUUUUUUUACGACCCUCCUUUACGCGCUGGCUCCGCGGUGAGCAGUACCCGUUUAUGACGCUGCUUUUGCAGGCCGUGUGCGGGAGUCUGCUGCUGUUCUAUGAAGCCUGCGUGGUGAAUAGCAUCACUCCCAUCGUCAUUGAGAGUGUCGGCAUUCCAGGCAUCUACCCGCUCCUCUCCCUCUUGGCCGGCACCCGCAUCAUCAGCUACACGCAUUACCCUGUCAUCACUUCCGUCAUGACACAGCGGGUGGAGAGUGGGGUGACGCGGUACAACAAUCGGGGGUUGUUGGCGCGUCACCGUACACUGCGGCAGGCGAAGGCUGCGUACUACAAAGUCUUUGCGCUUUUUUACUGGUGGUUGGGGCAGUUUCCGGAGCUUACCAUGACCAACUCACGGUGGACAACGCGACACAUUCAACAACUAUGGAAGCCCGUCGUCCCAACCCUGGUCUACCCUCCCUGUGCGGUCAAGCAAUUUCUGUCAUUGCGAAAACCACCGGAGCAGCGCGGUAACACCAUCGUGAGCGUGGGCCAGUUUCGACCGGAGAAGAAUCACCUCCUUCAGCUGCGCGCCUUUGCCAAGGCACUUCCUCGCCUGCCAGACGACGCCCGACUUAUUAUGGUGGGCGGGGCCCGCUCUGCGGAUGAUAGGAAACGGGCGGCCGAUGUCCAGGAGGAGGCGAAAUUGAGAGGCAUCUCUGACCGCGUAGAUGUGCGAAUUGGGGCGCCGUUUGCUGAGGUGGGUGAGUUGCUCUCCAACUGCUGUAUUGGACUGCAUACCAUGGAGGAUGAACAUUUUGGCAUUGUCGUUGUGGAGUACAUGGCGUGUGGUUGCAUUCCGCUUGCGCACAACAGUGGUGGCGUGUGCCUUGAUAUCAUCACGUCGCCGGAAGAGGGUUUUUUGGCCGUAUCCGAGGAGGAAUUCGCCAGUCGCAUGGUGGAGAUCGUUGACAUGCGGAUUCAACGGCCGCAGAAGUACAGGCAUUUCCAGGAGCAAGGACUGACUGCGAUUAGGCGCUUCAGCGACGAAGAAUUUCAAGAGAAGUUUAUGGCGGCGGUCCGCCCCCAUCUCCUCCUGUAA